AUGUUAUUCUUUGUGUGUUUCUCAAUACUCUGUUUUGUUAGUGGUGGCAUUUCAAAUGAUGUGAAAAUAACAGCAAAACCUUUAAAGUGCGGUCUUAAUGAAGUAGCGGUUAAAUCCAGAACGAUUUGUCCACCGCAGAACUGUGAAAUAGCGUACACCGAUUAUAAAUGUGAUGAAUACAAGAAUAUUCGUGAGCCGGGAUGUGAUUGCCUCCCCAAUUAUCUCCGGAACGGUAGUGGUAUAUGCAUCCCGAACGAUGAUUGUCCAUAUCCAACAUCACCGAUAUGCGGUAUUAACGAAAUAGCAAGAGACUGCCGAAAAAUUUGCCCAACGCAGACCUGUCAAGGCAGAUUGGCUUUGCAAAGAUGCCAAAGUGAAAUUCCUUGUGAACCCGGAUGUGACUGUGUACCUAACUAUUUAAGAAAUUCUCAAGGAGUUUGUGUGUCUGUUGACAAAUGUGAUUCAUCUGAACCAGAACAUCCAACUUGUUCUGUUUCUGACAAGUGCAUCCGUACUUGUGCCUCGCCAAAUCCGCCUGAUUGUCCGUAUGAACCAGCAAAGACUAAUAAGGAUGGAUGUAAAUGUAUAGAGGGUUAUAUACUGUCUGAAAUUGGGGGAAAAUGCAUCAAAAUUGAAGAUUGCCCAAGUAACGUAACUUGCAAUGGUGACCCUAACGCGAUAGCAAAACGCUGUCCUCUGCCAUGUCCUUCAACAUGUGAUUCACCAAACGCCACACCCUGCAGAAGGGCAUGUGAACCAAUUGGAUGCGAAUGUAAACCUGGUUACUUAUUUUCAAAAAUAGGAGGCAAAUGUAUUUUGCCUCACGAGUGCCCUGGAGGCAAUCCAUGUCCCGAAAAUUCCGAAUUCCGUCAGUGCAAGUAUAACUGUCCACAAGACUAUUGUCCAGUGGAUGAAAAUACGUACGACAUUGUUUGUGACCCGUGGCCUACCUGCUUAUCGGGCUGUGUAUGUAAAUUAAAUCACAGAAAAUUAAGUUAUGAAGAUGACAGAUGUGUAGUAGCUUCUGAAUGUCCACCAGUCAACUGCACUAGACCGAAUGAAGUAUGGGCCGGGUGUCCGUCAGAUUGUUUCUCAGGUUAUUGUGCAGAUAGAGAAUAUCAAGAUGCACCUUGUUAUACGUUUGUGUUGAAUUGUCAACCUAAAUGCGUAUGCGAGAGGGAUACUUUCAGAAAUGCUUCAGGUAUUUGUGUCCCUGCGUCAGAAUGUCCUCCACUUUGCUCAGUGCCUGAUGAAUGUCAACGCACGUGCUUUUCUCCAGAUCCCCCCAAUUGCAUUCAUGAACCAUCAGAGACCAACGAAGAUGGGUGUAAAUGUAUGGAAGGAUAUGUACUGUCUGAUUUCAGGGGAACAUGCAUCAGAAUUGAAGAUUGUUAA